AUGCUCCCCCCUACCGGCACUGCUCCGACCUAUCCCAUCAAAAACCCGAAUAUAUACGUACUCGACGUAGGCGCUGCCAACACCUACUGGGGAUUCGCCGGCGAGGAUCUUCCGAACCAGAAGUGGAGGUCAUGUUGGUGCUAUGAUAUGGCGCGGAAACGUUGGGACGAGAGUGCUAGCGAGUUUUGGUCUUCCAGAAACGCGUGUGUGCCACACGCGUUGGUGAGUAACGUGACGAGCAGUGCGUUAUCGGAGUUUGACGGUUUGAAACCAUUGACUCAGAACGGUGUCUGUCAAACGUCUUUACGGGAGUGCUUGCGGGCUGUGGACAACUUUUAUCUGAUUAAGCCGCCGCCCAUUCGAGAAGCACGGAAGGUGCAGUCCUCGUCGGGUCAGGAUUCAGCCAGGACGUCGGCGAUGGCGGUGGAACCCGAGGUGGCGGGAGCCGCCGCCGCCGCCGCCGACACGGCGAUGAUUGAAGAGUCAGAAGUGCUACCCAAUGCGGGUAGUAGUGAGAGUGAGGACUGGCAGCUGGCAAGCGAGGCGGCAUCGGCGGAGUACAAAAGGCAGCACCUGAGUCUGGAUGGAGGUCAGUUGUUUGUGACGGAGCCCUCGGACAAGCGAUCGGUGUUCAGCUCCGUCGUGGCGGAGCUGGCUUUCGAAGAAUUUGGGGUUGCAAGUUACUUUAGUAUGCGAAAAGCACCACUUGCAGCCUUUGCCCUGGGCAGACCCACCGCACUAGUCGUAGAAGGCGGGCCCAGCGAAUUGCGACUUACGCCGGUCUUUGAAGGCUACGCGCUGCAACAGAACUCGCACAAGUACGCUGUGAGUGCGGAUCUUCUGCAACUGGCCCUCGCCGAGAUCGUCGGACUUUGGUCGGAUGGACACUAUCUCUCCACCUUUAACCCCUGGAAGACCCCAAUCCCAAUGGGCUCCACCCCAAUAGGGUCUGCCCCAGUGGUGGGGUUGGAGUCUACAAUAAAUACGCGAUACCUAAACAUGGCCAGGCGGAGUGUGGUAGAGGACAUGGCGCUACAUGUGAUGGCAGUCCAGGACCCGAGUAGCGUGUUGGUUCAGAGUCGCGAAGAAGACGAGGAGGAAGAAGACCAUGCGUACGAGUUGCCUGAUGGUAAGACGUUAUAUAUAGCGAAGGAACGGGUUGAAAAUCUAACGGAGUUUAUAUUCCGACCUGAGGACUCGCAGCUACAUAAAAUGCUAUCGGGUCUGGUGGAUGCCAAGCUUCAAGGUCAGUUGACCAAGUGGACUGGUCUACCACAAGCGGUCGUGAAUUGCGCGUUUGGUUGUGAUGUGGAGGUCGUACCCCCGCUGCUCCAUAAUGUAGUCCUUAGCGGGGGGUUCUGUGCAAUGCCAGGCUUAGUAGAUAGGCUAGGUAGGGACCUGGCAAGUCUCAAGUCAUGCCAAGUUGCUGGAGCAAUAAAAGAUCUUUCCAAUCUCAAACUGAAAGUCGCCUCAUUAGCACCCUUUGAAAUGCCCAUGACAACCUGGAUCGGUGCUAGCAUGGUCGGCCAUCUUAGCUCCUUCGAUGCCUACUGGAUCUCCAAAACAGACUUUGAGGAAUGCGGCAUUUCAGUACUCGCGAAAAGACUUAUAUUCUGA